GACGCAUGCGCACAGCCCGGGCUGAGCGGUUAGGCCGCGCGCUCCGUCCGAGUUAACGGUCCUGAGUCAACGGCCCCGAGUCUGCGGCGUCCAACCGCCACCCACAGCCCGGGGAGACCCAGGAGAGUCGGCCCCGGCAUCGAGCCCGGGAGAGCCGACCCCGUCAGCCCGGGUAGACCCUGCCAGCCCGAGCAGUUCUUUUUUCUUAUAAGAAGAAAAAAAAAAGAACCCAAGACCGAGCUCUCUCUCCUCCAGUGUGACAGCCCAGGCCUGCCAAGGGGCAGCGCUGCCGUCUCCUGAGUCCCUUCUGAGAGAGCAGCUGAGGGGAAGAGACCGCCACACAGUCUGCAGCCCCUUCCCUUCCCCUGCCUCCCUCCCUCAAACUGCUGUCAGCACAAACAUGCGGCUUCUGAAGCGAAUCAAACCUCGGGUGUCAUCGGAGCAGUGACAGGGAGAUGUCAGCCAGAGAGUUGAGCAUGAGCCUUGUACAGUGAUCUAAGAUUUGAAGCAUGCCAUCUCAAUUUGAUAACUCUCCACAGUCUUUCAGAUCUGUUGUAAGGUUCUAAAUGAUGCUUCUUGAACCGUGAUUCAGGUUUGUGGCUUUGUUCUCCUGGAGAGAUUUUGUGCGGGUAUUGGACCCCAGAAUAGUUUGUUAGCCUGUCUUUUAAACAGUGGUGGCACGCUAUUAAGGCUUAAGCGUGAAAGAUUUGGUCAGAUUUUCCUCUUGUUUAACAGUGACCUGCUUAGUGUUCAAUAUAUCCACUGGAGUUGGCAAUAAGAACAAGAGGCUGAAACUAAAAAGGGCUUAAUCGGAAACUUUUUCUCAACAAACGCAUUGCACUUUACUGUGUGUUGAACACACAGUUUAAUCUCAAUACUUAGAUGCUAUCCACGUUAUGAAUUCAAGAGUAAUAGGGAAGUUUACAGGUGACAAAUGUUGUCUUCUCUGUGAUAUCAAAGUAUGUAGAGUACAAAGCAGAAUAUGGGAAAGUGGGAACAAAAUGAGAGGAGUAGAGUUUUAACUGGAUGCUAAAUUUUGUAUUUUUACAGUUAACAGUAUUUGUUUUGAUGGAAUUUCCAAAGCUUGCCUUUAGCUGCCAUUGAAUUACAAAGUUAUUUAUUUGAUAUGUCAGUGGUGUUGGGAUCAGUGUCAGUAAAUGUUGUUGAUCUAUGUCAGAUGAUAUUUUAAAUUGUGACCUGCUGUGUUAAUUGUGUUUGGAUAGUCUUAAUUUCCUUUUGAAGCUGACAUUUUGUUCCCUUUUGAAGAUUUGUAAUUGAAGAGAUCUCACUGUGAACUUAUUUUGAGCAGAAAUUAAAAUUAAUCAAUUAAUAUUUCAUUUAUGUUUUUAGCGGGAUGGAAAUUGUUCAAAGUCAGACCCAGAGUGUUGUACAUGUAGUUUAGGCUUGUCACGGCAAACCGAUUGGUGUUUGUGUUAGUUUUGUAUACCCCUAUGGUAAAACAAAUAGAUUUUUAAUAUAUAUAAAAAGGCUGUUGAUAUCAGAUCCUUUCUUCCUGGGUUUCUCUCACGGUCUUCUUCUGACGUCUUACCUGCUUUCUCUAUACAAUGCGUUUGACAUCACUGCUACCCCUCUUCCGGCCUGCUCUUCCCCUGAUCCUGGGGCUCUCCUUGGGCUGCAGCCUGAGUUUGCUGCGAGUCUCCUGGAGCCAGGGAAAUGGGGACGAGUCGUGCAUGGAUGUCGGGGAGAGCAGGGGGCUGCCCCACAACCAUGGACACCUGGGAGCUGGCGCUGAGGCGAGGGAGCUUGGUGACAACAAGGAGUAUGAGCCAAGGAUAGUCCCAUAUUAUAAGGACCCCAACAAGCCACACAAGAAAGUGCUGAGAACCCGUUACAUCCAUACAGAAUUGGGAAUCCGUGAUCGCCUGUUCGUUGGGGUUCUGACAUCUAAAGCUACCUUGAACACAAUGGCUGUAUCUGUGAAUCGGACAGUAGCCCACCACUUUAGCAGGCUGGUUUACUUCACUGGGUUCCGCAACACCAAGAUCCCACAUGGUAUGCAGAUAGUAUCCCACGGAGACGACCGACCUGUGUGGCUGAUGUACCAGACCAUCCAGUACAUCUAUGAACAUUACGGCAAUGAGUUUGACUGGUUUUACUUGACUCAGGACAACACAUACACUGAGGCGGAGCGCAUCAAGUCUCUCAUUUCUCACCUGAGCAUUAACAACGACCUGUAUUUGGGACGGGCGGAAGAGUUCAUCGGUGGCGACCUUGACUCCCGCUACUGCCACGGCGGCUACGGCUAUGUGUUGUCUCGAAGCGUCCUCAUCAAGCUUCAGCCGUACCUGGACAGCUGCCGCAAUGAUAUCCUGAGUGCGCGGCCAGACGAGUGGCUUGGUCGCUGCAUCAUCGACUUUGUUGGCAUCAGCUGCAUUGACAAGCACAAGGAUGUGCACUACCGCUCCUUCCAGCUGGGCAAAAAUACAGACCCGGAUAAAGAGGACAGUGGCGAAUUCACAAAGGCCUUCACUGUUCAUCUGGUGUCAGACCCUACACUUAUGUAUCGCCUUCAUCGCCGAUUCAGUGAACUUGAACUGGAAAAAACGUACCGGGAAAUCAAAGAGCUACAGAUGGAAAUAAGGAACCUGAGUAAACUGACGCCGGACGAGGAGAUGGGAGCAACUUGGCCGAUUGGCAUCAACCCGCCGUUCAAGCCCAAGACCCGGUUUGAGGUGUUGAGCUGGGACUAUUUCACGGAGGAGCAGAUUUACUCCUGCGUCGAGGGCUCCCCCAAGUGCGAGCUACGUGGUGUCAACAAGGCAGACGUCAGUGACAUUGUGGAGACGGCCAUGCGGCAGCUGAACGAGAGGUACCAACCCCUGCUGCACUUCCGCAAGCGGCAGCUGCUGAACGGUUACCGCCGCUUCGACCCCACACGUGGCAUGGAGUACACCCUGGACCUGGUGCUGGAUGCUCACACAGAGAAGGGCUACAGCCGGCCCAUCGCCAAGAGGGUUAGUCUGCUGCGGCCGCUCGGCAGCGUGGAGAUCAUCCCCAUGCCCUACGUGACCGAGGCCACCCGGGUCCAGGUGAUCUUGCCUCUGACCGUGCACGAGCAGGACUUUGUGGGCAACUUCCUGGAAGCUUACUCGAUGAACGCCCUGGACUUGCACGAUAACGUGCUGCUGACCUUCCUCUUCAUCUAUGACCCCUUUGAUGCCCAGCGCGUCAGCCAGAAUGACAUCUUCGCCAAUGUCAAGUCCUCCAUCGCCGAGAUCGAGAAGCGGUACACCGAUGUGAAAAUCCCGUGGAUAAGCGUCAAGACCGACGUUCCUUCCCAGAUUAAGAUCAUGGACAUAAUUUCCAAGAAGCACCCUGUAGACGCCCUGUUCUUCAUCGCCAGUGUCUGGACCGAGAUCAACGGGGAGUUCCUCAACCGUUGCCGGAUGAACACCAUCAACAAUUGGCAGGUCUUCUUCCCCAUCCACUUCCAGGAGUACAACCCUGCCAUCGUGUACCGGGAGCAGCAGACGCCCUCGUCUGCCGAGUUUGUGAAGGACGGCCACUUUGACCGGCGCACCUUCGGUGAGGCCUGCUUCUUCAACUCUGACUACAUGGCGGCACGUACCAAGAUGGCGGCUGACAUCCUCGACAGCGACGAGAUGCUGGAAAUCAUGGAGGUGUACGAUGUCUUCAUCAAGUACUCGGGCCUGCAUGUCUUCCGGCCGGUGGAGCCGGCCCUGGUGCAGAAGUACAGCUACCGAACGUGCAACCCGCGGCUUAGCGAGGAGCUCUACCACCGCUGCAUGCUCAGCAAUUUGGAGGGGCUGGCGUCGCGCUCCCAGUUGGCCCUAGCCAUGUUCGAGCAGGAGCAGGCUAACAGCACUUAGAUCUGAGACAGGGACUAACGUAAGACUUAUCUGUGCAGUAUGUUAUUAGAAAAACCUGUUGCUUCGGCUACUGUAGUUUGGCUUUUAGCCACUGGGACCUGGGUUCAAAUUGUAAAGUUAUGGAGCUGUACAACAUGGAAACAGGCCCUUCGGCUAACCUUGCCGACUAAGUUGGCAUAUUGGGCAGGUCCCAUUUGCCUGCAUUUGGCCCGUAUCCCUCUAAACACUUCCUAUCCAUAUAUCUGUCCAAUUGUCUUUUAAAAGUCAUAAUUUUACCCGUUCUAUAGCUUCCUCUGGCAGCUCAUUCCAGAUACGGACUUCUUCUCAGUGAAAACGUUGCCUCUGAGGUCACUAUUAAAUCUCUCCCCUCUCAUCUUUUCGAAUCCUGGAGAAAAGACUGAGAGUUCACUUUUCUCUGCCCUUCAUGAUCUUGUUCAUCUCAAAAGGUCACCCCUCAGCCACUGCCUUUUUCAAGUCUGUCCUUCAAAAAGAAGUUGUGGAGACAGGCCUCAUUUAAAGUCCAAUCUAAUCCCAGAUUGGUUCAUUCUAAGCAGGCACAAUCGAUCAAGGGAUAGCUUGUUUAGUUUCCUUUGCAGUCUAUUCAUUUAAAAAAUGCAAACUUAGCAUCACCCAGUCUCUGAUGAAUGGUUUGCCUCUUCUUAACCCAAACUAUCUACAGUCAUGGUGACUGUGCCCUGGGUGUGAAGUGCACCAUUCUCCACCCAGGGCUUGUUCUGUCGAUGGGUGUGCAUUGGGGACAGAUUUGGCAACAUUCCGUGUCUCAGGCGCAUUGCCUGCUUGUUCCUUCAAUUUAGCAAAUCAGCUGAGAAGCAAAAUAUCCAGCAAGGAUCUUGCUUUUAAAAGGUGCCUGAGGAGAGAAAGCUUUCAGCCCCACUGCAACCACUUCUCUCGCAAAUUCUGUACACUCUCCCUACCGUCCUCUACCCAUUCAUUUAAUCUUUUACAGACCUGAUCCCUUCACUCUAUCAUCCGUUCAACCCAUUCAUCUUGGUGGUUGUUCAGUGGUUACAUUGCUGGACUAGGAACUAGAAGCCUGGACUAAUCAAGAGACUGAUAUUCAAAGAACGUAGAACAGAUCAUAGUAACAGGCCCUUGGGCCCACAAAGUCUCUGCUGAACAUGAUGCCAAGUUAAUCUCUGCCUACAGGUAAUGCAUAUCCCUCCAUUCCCUGCAUAUCCAUAUUGCUAUAUAAAAGCCUCUUACACAUCUCGUGUAUACCUGCGUCCACCACCUCCCCUGGCAGCACAUUCCAGGCACCCAACACUCUUUAUGUGAAAACAUACCCUUUAAACUUUCCCCCUCUCACCUUAAAGAUAGGCUUUUUGACAAUUCCACCCUAACCAUCCAGCCUAACAUUUUGUAUCUCACAUGGGAGUUUUACAAUUUAAAUUCAGCUGAUAAUCAAACUAAUCUAGUAACAAUGAUUGCAAAACCUGCUGCUUUUCAAAAAGAACACCACCUGGUUCACAAAUGUUCUUUGGGAACAAAUGCACUAAUUUUACCCGUUUGCCGUAUGUGACUGCAAUCCUAAACCAUAUGGUUGGCACUUAAACGUCUUUUAAAAUGGUCUGAGAAGCCACGGUUUAUGGGCAAUUAAGGAUGGGCAAUAAAUAUUAGUGUUGCCAACAAUACCCCAGAUCCCAAAAUACCCACACCUGAACCUUCUUUCCUGAUCCUUAGUCACCCCCUAGUUCAUCCUUCACCAGUUAGGGAAUCGAGUAUAAAUGUUGGGGCGUCAUGUUACAGUUGUACGAGACAAUGGUGAGGCUGCACUUGGGAGUAUUGUAUUCAGUUUGGUCACCCUCGUAUAGAAAAUAUGUUGUUAAGAUGGAAAGAGUGCAGAAAUGUACGAGGAUGAUUCAUGAAGGGAAUAGAUAGGGUGAAUGCACAGAGGCUUUUUCCCAGGGUUGGGGAAACAAGCACUAGAGGGCAUAGGUUUAAGGUAAGAGCAGAGAGAUUUCAUAGGAAGCUGUGGUGCUGGGCUGAGUCCACUGCUCCCUGCAGGCUCUUGUGUACUGACUUUGCCUUACCAGGCCACGAUGUAAACAGAUCCCACUCAGUCUCCUCCCUACCAAACAGAUUUUUUUUUUAAGUCUCUCCACCUAACUCAUCCCCCAUCCGUACAGUUGUUCUAAUAGAUCUCUCUAAAGCUUUCACAUCUUUCCCAAAGCAUGGAGGAAUGAGACAUAGAGUGCAAUGACUUGUGGAGAGCUGCAAGGGAUGAUUUCUCUGCUUCUCUAAUCAUUCUGAGGAUUUCCCAGCAGUGUGCCAAAUCCGAGCCAACCUAAGCCUCGACUGAGCCACCACAAAUGUCCCUGCUUCCCAAGUUAGAAGAGUAUCAGACACUAUUUUAUUGUCAUACAGCAUGGAAUCAGGCCAUUAGUUCAACUCGCCCGAUCUAAGCAAGUCCCAUUUGGCCCAUAUCUCUCUAAACAUUUCCAAUCCAUGUACCUGUCUAACUCUCUUUUAACUGUUGUCACUGUCAACAGUUGAUUGCAUGCCUGUUUGCUUGCUCUAAAUUUUAGCAUUCUGUUUUUCAAGUCAUACACCAUUGUAAUAGGGACCUUCGGCCAAAUUCAUCCACGCCAACCAUGCUGCCUCAUCUAAGUGAUUCCCAUCUUCCCAUGUUUGGCCCAUAUCCCUCUAAACCCGUCCAAAUGUCUUUUAAAUGCUACCUCCUCUGGCAACUUGUGCCAUAUACCCACCAUCCUAUGUAGAAAAAGUUUCCCCCUCAGGUUCCUAUUAAAGCUUUCCUCUUUUUCCUUAAAUCUAUUUCCUCUAGUUCUUGAUUCUCCUACUCUGGAUAAAAUACUUUGUGCAUUCACCCUAUCUAUUCUAUUCCCCUCGUUGUUUUAUGUACAAUUUGUUUGUCGUUUCAUCUCAUUGAGCAUUGGCGGAGAGUGUGUGUGCGUGCUCUCACAAAUUGCCUGCUAACAUGGACCUGUGCCGGUCACUGCUUGUAGAAAUGAUGUACAUCAAAUGCUUUGGAAAGCUCUUAGAGCUUCCUGGUGCUUCCUGUAAACAAAAAGUAUUGCUCGUCUCUGAACAGUUGGGCCAUUGAAAGACUUUGUCUUCAAAGUUGUAACUUUAUGUAGUAACUGUGUGUUCCGAACAGUGUGCUGUCAGCUGAAACAAUGACAUAGCAUUAUGA